GGAUGCAUAAACAGGCUAUAUAUCCACCAGAACCCGGAUGCUGCUGUCUCCGAAAUAGACAAGCACCGCCACGGACAGGAAGUAUAUUCAUGAUGACGGUGGAAAUUAGUUCCUGUAGUCGCUCGCAUACCGACCGCAUAUGCCAGUAACCGUCCUAUACGAAGCGUACUUCGGGGGCGGGAAAGACAUAGGCUGUAGAAAUCAUUCGUUGUACCGGCUCGUAUGUCUCUCCAUAGUGUUUACUUGGCAGGGGAACUGUCCAGCCACGCGUUUACAGUUAGCGAGAACGGACGCCGUUGGGUCAGCUUGCCUCGUGAUGCUUGGUUGCCUAUGGUCGGGAGGUUCCGAUAUGCUUUUCAGCUCUAGCUCAGCCCAAUUGGGCACGAUGUUGAAUCCCCGGUUGACCCCGUCUUCAACACCAUUAAAGACGAAAAAGACAGGUGUCCGAAUGGUCCGAGUUAGAGGCUAUUUGCGGCUCAUCCUUUGUGCAACAGUCAUAGUCGUCCAACUAGUGCAUUGAGUCGGUCCAGACUCCUCUUCUCACUACAUUCACCAUUCUCUUGGAUAUCUCUUUGUGCCUAGAUCCGUGUGGCACCUCGUCGCUCACAGGCUUCCUGUCUUGGACCGCAUUUCGAAUUCCAGUGGUUGCCACACGUGGUAGGCAGCGGUCACUUUUCCUUACGUCUGGACGCUG